GGAGCAAUAACGUGGUGCUAAGAAAGAAGAGAGCAAGUGGCGUUGUGGGGUAGAGUCACAAGGACUGUGAGUGAUAGAAAUCAAAGAGAGACCGACUGACUGUGCCUUUGAGUCAUGGCAGCGGCUUAAUGCGGUCGGUCGUUGACAAUCCAGGUUUCGUACCCACGUGGCCUGCAACUUGUUUCGCCUCUCUGCUCUUAUAUAAACCAACGUUCAAUUCCUCUCACUGCAUCCCUCAAUUUAUUUCACUGCCAUCCAAGAGAAGAGCGUCUGUGAUUUAUAAGCAGACUCUUCUUAUCUCUUCCUUUCUUGAAGGACAAAAGAAAAAAAUAAGGAUCUGAAUCCAUUUGGUUUUGGUGAUUCUUGGGAGAAGGUGUAGUUCUCUGCAGGCUUAACACCACACUAGCCCUUGAUCCCUUUAGACAAGAAGACCCAUCAUUUUCUUUCAAUAUAUAUUAUUCUUUCCAGAAUAUAAUUCAUAUACAGUGUACAGAAUUUCAUAUUUCUUACGCUCGUUUGUGUUUGGAAUCUUUCUUUAAAUGCCCUGUUCGAAGAUGGCUGAGAACGCUGCUACAAAGAACCAUUUUCCUCCCCAGGUUUUCAGUGUCUCUGUUGACAUGCCUUCUCAAGGUGGCUCCAAGUGGUUUGAUGAUGAUGGACGCGUCAGGCGCACUGGAACUGUUUGGACUGCGAGCGCUCACAUUAUAACAGCUGUGAUUGGGUCUGGUGUUCUGUCCUUGGCUUGGGCCGUAGCUCAGCUUGGAUGGAUUGCCGGUCCUGCUGUUAUGUUCUUGUUCUCUUUGGUCACUUACUUUACUUCUUCUCUGCUCGCUGUCUGCUACCGAACUGGGGAUCCUGUCAAUGGCAAGAGGAACUAUACUUACAUGGACGCUGUUCGCUCCAAUCUGGGUGGUGGUAUGGUUAAGAUAUGCGGAUAUGUUCAGUACCUGAACCUUUUCGGAGUCGCCAUAGGUUACACAAUAGCAGCUUCUAUAAGCAUGAUGGCUGUCAAAAGGUCGAAUUGUUUCCACAAGACUGGAGGCAAAGAUCCAUGCCAUAUGAAUGCCAAUCCUUACAUGAUCGCAUUCGGAAUUGCGGAAAUUAUUUUCUCCCAAAUUCCCGACUUUGAAAAGCUGUGGUGGCUUUCCAUUGUUGCUGCAGUCAUGUCCUUCACUUACUCGUCAAUUGGUCUUGGACUUGGAAUUGCUAAAGUUGCAGAAACUGGAAAUAUUCAGGGAAGUCUAACUGGAAUAAGCAUCGGCACCGUGACUGAAACCCAGAAGAUAUGGAGGAGCUUCCAAGCACUUGGCGACAUUGCCUUUGCCUAUUCUUUCUCCAUUAUUCUCAUCGAAAUUCAGGACACUGUCAAAUCCCCACCAACAGAAGCUAAGACAAUGAAGAAAGCAUCUUUAAUAAGUGUUUCAGUGACAACCCUUUUCUACAUGCUCUGUGGCUGCUUUGGCUACGCUGCCUUUGGAGACAUGUCCCCUGGAAAUCUCCUCACAGGCUUUGGCUUUUACAACCCAUAUUGGUUACUAGACAUUGCCAAUGUUGCCAUAGUAAUCCACCUUGUUGGUGCAUACCAAGUCUUCUGCCAACCCCUCUUUGCCUUCAUUGAAAAAACAGCAGCACAAAGAUUCCCAGACAGUGAAUUCAUUACCAAAGAAAUCAAAAUCCCAAUUCCUGGUUCCCGCUCCUACAACCUCAACCUCUUUAGAUUGGUAUUUAGGACUAUUUUUGUGAUCUUGACCACUUUAAUUUCCAUGCUCCUUCCUUUCUUUAACGACAUAGUUGGUCUUCUCGGAGCUUUAGGAUUUUGGCCAUUAACUGUAUACUUCCCAGUUGAGAUGUACAUAGCACAAAAGAAGAUACCAAAGUGGAGUACAAGAUGGCUCUGCCUCCAAAUCCUAAAUGCUACUUGCCUUAUAAUUACCAUAGCUGCUGCUACUGGCUCCGUUGCUGGGGUUGUUGGUGAUCUGAAGACAGUCAAGCCCUUCCAAACCAGUUAUUAGAUCAAAUACAUGUUGAUUGGUACCACCACCAUUAAUGAACAUUUCAAAAACAAGAGAGAGAAUCAACACUAGUUUUAGUUUUUGUCCAUGUUCAUAUGAAGCCCCUCAAGGGUUCUGUCAAUUUCCAUGUAGUUUUCUGAUCUUUGUUCUCACUGCUUCUUCCCAGAAAAAUGAAGUGGGACCAUGUCUGUAACAAAAGCCUAUUCCAAUGCAAAUUUGAAGAAUUACUGCAUAGGCUAAGUGUUUAAUAAUCUUGGGUUUCAUUUCCACUCUGCAUUAUUCAAGUCCUGCCAAAUAAUAAUAAUGGUUGGUACUUGUGAUGCAAUAAUUGUUCAAGCUGUUUCAAUCAAGAGCAACUCAAGAUUCCUCUA